UGUCUCUGUUUGUUACACGCUACACAGCUGAAUUCGAGCUGCGAGCAUGAAACAUCAACGGAAAUCGCGUGAUGCGUUAAUGAGCAUGUUGCGGGUAGCUCGGCGACGGUGGGUGAGGACGGGCGUGGUGGGGGCGUGCGUGGCGUGCGUGUUGCUGGCGGCCGCGCGCCUCCUCGCGCCCCCCACGCACGCGUACGCCGCACACUUCGCGCGCGUGCGGCCCGCAGACUUAGCGCACCUGCUCGCCGACAUCUCCGCCAACACGCAUCCUAUACCCGGGUCGUGGUCCCUAGAGGAGGAGUCCGGCAACUACUCUAUGUGGCGUUACGCGGUGUCGUACGUAUGCGGGGCGCGGUGUGUGGGUCACGUGUGGGUGGAGGCGCACGAGGUGGCGGGGGGCGGGCCCCGGCACGGCCUCAGCGCGCCGAUGCACCGCGUCACCGUGCGCCGCCUGCACUGUACCGCCCUGCCGCUGCUGCCCUGGCCCAGCCUCUGUGACGAGGUGGAGACAGAGUCCGUGGUGAGCGGGGAGGGCGACGGGUGUCGGUUGCAGGAGACGGUGCGGGCGCGGUGCGGCGCGGCGGCCGCGCUGCUCGCCGCGUGCACCACACGCGCCGACGUGCGCGCGCACUCGCACGCGCGGCUGCAACGACUGCGCCACCUGCUGCACGCGCCCGCGUCCCUGCUGCUGUAGACCGUAGUCUCCAUAGCUACUCCUUUAUAUCACGAUGCAACGACAACAUCAUACAGUUGCCAUCUGUUAUUCUUAUUUGACAUACGCGAUGUUAUUCAUAAUUGGAAUUUAAAAUAAACCAUUUGACAUGUGUU